UUUAUGCUCGUGUUGUUAAAGGCAGAUGUUCAUUUUCGCUAAAAAUAAAUUGUUUGAACGGAUAGGCACGUUCUACUUCAUAACAACGGCGUAUGGUAUGGGGGCAUGGGAGCCAUAUGUUCAUCAAGUAACGUGCCUUUUGCACCUGCGUCCGUCCCAGUCGCACGUGCCAUUCCAUGCUCUUCAAAUGUUUUCUCAAAAAUAGCUCCCACAAAUCAACUUCCAUGUCCUCGUCCGUAUAUUUCAUCCUCGACCGUUGAGUAUUUUAUAUAAACAUUCACGAAGCGAACAGCUUCAGAUGAUUUUUAAAUAUCACGCCCAAUCCUCCAGUAAGAAUCGAAGAUUGACUGUUCGUCUGAUGAUCUCACCGGUUGUCAAUGUUGACAAUGCAAAGGACCGGUCGAGUGCGGGGCACGGGGCGAGACGGGACGGGGACUUCGAUGCAGGGUUUCGUUCGUGCGAUUCACGUCGCACCGCCUGUGUGCGACCCAGUCAGUCAGUUCUCGGCACUACGCUGGACUGCUCCAAGAGCGGCGUGCGCGCCUGGCCCCCGAAUUUCAUCGCAAUUUAUGCAAUCAUAAUUCGCUGAAAUGAAGUGCUAUAUUUUGAAUCGAAGACAGUGCUGUGUCAAAAAUUAAAAAAAAGUGUUUAAGUGCCACCAUCACGCUACGGUCCAAAGAACAAUGCUGUGGGAAAAAAUAACGUUCAGCUGGCAUCGGCAGUCGUUCCCAGCUACCUACGUAGCCCCUCUCACCCCUCGGACCGGGUGCCGGGUUCAAUGCGCCUCUCUGCGUUUAUUCAUCGUUUGUGGGAAAAGUUGACCCCCGUUUUUAAAUUAUUGUUAACGAAUUUCACACGAUUUGUGAUACAGUCACUACCGCAUCUUAGAUGAAUUGAACAGAAGGAAGUAUAGUUGCGUCUCUCUAAAAUCGAGAGAUCAUUAAUUUUGCACUCGCAUCCGUUAAAUGUACGGCCUUAGACUGACGUUAAUUAAAUUUAGGUAUCAUCACAAGAUCUGUGACGAUGAGACCUCUCACUCAAAACGAGAUUCAAUUGCUUUUUUAUAGCAUUAGUUGUCAAGGUUGUAAUAUUCCGCAGUUGUAAAGUAUUUGUUGGAGGAUUUGCCAUGUUUGUUCAGUUUCAACUUCGUCGAAAUUUUUAUCUUUUACGGAUAGUGUUUUAUCAAAAGAGGACAGAGCGUACUUACUUUUAUGUGUGACAACGUGUUUCGUAUUGAAUAGAGUUUUAAACUGUUGUUUUAUUCAAUAUUUUUUACAAUGUUCCAAAACGUAACAAUAUGGUGUGAACUCGUAAAAAACAUACAAGUUUAGUUUGAUGUGAUUUAAAUAGCAAGUGUCAUUAAAGUUUUAACUAUGGGGAAUCAAGGAUCGUCACCACACGAACCUUUGGAUCGUGCACAGGUAGCACAGAAUGCUGACCUUAAAAUGAAAUCGUCAGUGCGAAGCUCGCUGAGACGAGCGCGCGCUGGCGCUGCGCUGUCGCCGCCGCGUGCUGGCAUGGAGCGGUUGCGACGUUCCUUCCGCGAGUCGUUCCGACGCCGCAAGGGCUCGCCGCCGGAAUCAGCGCGGCCGCACCAAUGGCACGCCGACGAGGCGGCUGUUCGUGCCGGUACCUGCACUUUCCCCGUCAAGUAUCUCGGCUGCGUCGAGGUCUUCGAGUCUCGGGGUAUGCAGGUCUGCGAAGAGGCACUCAAAGUUCUCAGGAAUUCACGCCGUCGUCCAAUUAGAGCAGUCCUUCACGUGAGCGGCGACGGUCUGAGGGUGGUGGAAGAAGAAACAAAAGGACUGAUAGUAGAUCAGACUAUCGAGAAGGUGUCCUUCUGCGCGCCCGACAGAAAUCACGAACGAGGAUUUAGUUACAUUUGUCGCGACGGUACCACCCGCCGUUGGAUGUGCCACGGUUUCCUGGCGUCGCGCGACAGCGGCGAGCGGCUCUCGCACGCGGUGGGCUGCGCCUUCGCGGCCUGCCUCGAGCGCAAGCAGCGCCGCGACAAGGAGUGCGCCGUCUCCAUGAGCAUCGACGCCGCCAGCCACGCCUUCACCAGGCAGGGCUCCUUCCGGAAAUCGGGUACGCUGCUUUGCCAUUGUGUAACUAUAUGUGUAAACUUAUCGAGGAGGAGGAGUGAAGGGCUGUUUGAUUUAAGCCACAUUUUUGCAACUUUACAGGAGAGCCAUUUCAAGGAGAGCGUGAGCGGCGACGCGGUGUCUGCGAUGUGCGAGGAGCUGGCGGUGGGGCUGCGCGCGCUGACGGAGGAGCCGGUGCCGGGCGCGGGGUCGUUGCCCUCUCCGGACGCGUGGCUGGGCCGAGUGGCACGCGCCCCCCCGCUGUCCACCCGCGCCGCCUCGCACCCCGCCCCCCACCCCGCGCCCAUCACCAACCCCUUCUUGGCGCCGCUCAGUGACGCCACUGCCAUCUAAUCAAUCGACCUAGGUACCGAAUCGAUCGGCCUUGCUUGGAUUAUCGAUACGAAUAGGGUAUUUGACUAUUUAAAAUUUACGAUUCUUUUUAAAAUAAUUUCCAAACUGUCUCUUUAAAAAGUAUUUUACAUUGUAAUAUUUCUGUAUUUUAUUUUUCAAAUUAAACUAAAUUACUAAUUUGGUCAUGUUACCCAAAAUUCCUAGAUCUUUUGAUGUCAUUACUUGAACUGAACAGACUAAUAAAGUUGUUUGUAUGUUGAAAAAGGACGUUACGUCAUCGAUGUAUUUCUACUUAACCUAUUGAAAUUUUAUGAGAAUUAGUUUGUAGUUCGUAAAGUAGUCAAAUACACAAACAAAUUGUCUUUGUUUCAGAGGAAAUAAUUUAUCUCUUUCUAUCAACUCGUUAACCAAAAUCGCGAUUAAAUGAUGACUCUGUGGUGUUUAUAUCGUUGAUUCCCCGAAACCUAAAUGUUAUGUUAGCUUGAUGUACAACGUCUAUAACUCUUUGAAAUAUUUUUAAAUUACUGAUAAUUGCACAGAAAGUUUGACGUUACGCAAAGUUUGAAGUUUAGCUACAAAAAAUUAUUAAGUAUGAGAAGUGUUCGAGCAUUACAACAUUACUUCUAUUAUAGUUGUAUCUCGAAGAUAAAUGACACCAAUUUGAAAAAGCUUACAAAGGCUUGGAAACGGUUGUUGUAUACAUUUUUUUAUGUAUUAAAAUACAUAAUUUCUAAAAAUAUAAUGUACUUAUUUGAGUUAAUUGAGAUAAUACAAGAAAAACGCUACUUAUUUUUCUACGUGAUGUACAGCAUUGAAUGGUUAGUAAUAAUACUUUUUGCCUCCAAUUCAACGAAUUAUUUUGACUCAAACGAUAAUUAAAGUAAAUGAAGUCUAUAGACUUUAUUCUUUAUUUCUGAUUUCUUUAUAAUAUAUAUAUAUUCAUAUAAAUUUAUAAAUAUAAAUAAAUAAAAAACAAAAACAUGAGAAUUGGAUUUUGAGCCGUCACAAACAUGCUUAAUUACAUAUUACUACUAAAUUAGAAAGAAAUUUAUAAACUAUAUUCAAUGUCAAAAUAUAGAAAGUAAUGUAAGGUUUAUUGAUAGCUUUCACGUACUUAUCCGCUAUCUAUACAUAUUUCAAUAUAUUUUGGUGUUUAGGAAGUAUUCUAUUUAUUGAUAUAUAAAAAUAAGCGUCCUAUUGGCUUGGGCCUCGCCGAGUUCGAGCUGACAUUGACGAUUUGCCAACAUAUGUACUUGGCGUAAAACACGUUGACGUGGCAUUGUAAUGUUGUGAUAUGCAAAUAUUAAACUUGUCUGGCGAGUUAAAAAAGGUGUCUAAUGUCGUUCGAUAUAAACUAAAAGUAUCCUAAAAUUUGCAACGUAGAAUUUAUUAAUCUUUGCUCGUAGCUAAAGCGGUGUUUGUGCACGUAAUUUUUACGCAACCUGAAACUAUGUUUCCGGGCUGGCAUCCUCUAUACAAUAUAUUUACGUUGUUAAUGUCUUAAGUGAUUAUUGCUGGUGUAAGCCACUAGAAAAUCCUGCUUUUAUUGAUGCGUUGAGUGAGGUCCAGUUGGACACAGAACGAACUUUAAGCAGGUCAAAAUUCCUAACGUAUAUAAUACAUAAUGUUUUUAAACUGACCUGCGCGAGCCAUGACUGCUUGUGUCGCUUUACGUGGGGCGCGUAUGCUGUAUGACGAAUUUAUUAAAUUUUAAAUUCUUGUUUUAAUGACAACGCAUAACUGCGUAUUAAGUAUUCCAUGAAAACACAAAGUAAUCGUCAAAAAAAAAACUCGACUAUGGAAAACAUGUAUAUUUAUUGCACGUACUGUAGUUUAUUGAAUAAAUAUACAAACUCAAGCACAGCUUUUUUACUGCACACUUCACUUUUUACUGUUUACCAAUACGUAACUUACUAUCGUAAUUUUAUACUUAGUUAAUUUCGUCCGUUCAGUAUUAGUUGAGCCUAGAGCAUUGUGAAUACAGUGCAUAACAAACGAAUUCAGUAUCCCUACGACAUAAUAAUGUACAAGAUUUAGGAUUUUUGAUAUAUUUUCUAUUUUGUAAAUGUAUAUAUUAUAUAAAUGUACAUUUUUAGAUUAUGACUUUGCCCUUAGAGGAUCUGUUUUUAUACUUUUUUACUGAAAAUAGGUGAUCGGGUCGUCAUUAUCAUUUGUUCAGUUUUGCUCGUUUUAUUUUUUUAUUGUACGUUUCUGUUAUUAUUUUACAUUGAUUUAAUUUAGGUACUUUUAAUAUAAAGUUUUGUUGCACUAGUAAAAAAAUCCUAAUUCAAUAUAAAAAAAAAAUAUUGAAUGAAAAAUGUGAGCAGAAUUGUGAUCUUUUCAAGUUUUACUUCUACACAGCAAUAACGGAAUUUCUGUCACUUGAUUUAAAACAAAUAAUAAUCUAUAAUCAUUGUAGUCUUGGGAAACACAUUCAAAAUAAAUAAUUCUGCUUUUCGGUUUAAAAUAAAAAUACAAUUUUAUUGACAUCGUAAAAUUUUCUGUACAUUCCAGAUUGAUUUUUUACAAUGUGUUGUGUAGUAAUAAGUAAAUUAAUCGCGCAUAUCACUAGCUAGCCUUGCUGCAUCGCACUUGUACUUACGAAUUAAAUAAUUACUUAAUCUUUAAAAAAACGUAGUACUUAAUAUUAGUAUGCUUGCAAAAUUUUAGAGAUUCUAAUGCGCAAUUACCAGUUUAUUCGUUACUAAAUGUUAUAUAUAUAUAGCAUCUUUUUUCAUUCGAUCAACCUAAAAAUAUUUAAUGUUUUCAAUUGCAUUAAAAUAAUGUGAUACCUUAGCAUCUUAGAGAAAUUUACUAAUAAAACGCACCAAAAUUAUCUGCACCGAUUUGUGAAUUGUUAAUACGAAGUGAAGAUGUACUACAUUUAUUAAUAUUUAAAUUAAAUGUCUCUUAAUAUAUAUUUUUAUGUGCUUAUUGAAGCGUUUACUAUUAGAGAAAUUGUACUUAAAAUGCAAAGUUGUUCGGAAAUUAUUUGUUGGAUGUUGUUUGUAAAUUAUACAGUGGUCCUAUCUUUGUCAAGUGUAUGUAAAUAUCAACACAUAUUCUGUAGAUAUUUUAGAUAAAGAGAGUUCAAAUAAAUAUAAAGAUUAAUAAAUAAUGUUUAGUUGAAA